GGCCGCCCGGCGGAGCUGCGGGAGCCGCUGCCCAUGGAGGGGGGCCGGAAGAGGCGCCGCGAGGCGGAGGGGGAGCAGGGGGACCAGGCGGGGCCCCCCAGCUCCGUGCCCGAGGGGCUGGAGGAGCUGUUCGCCUCGCUCAGCUCCCUGCGCUCCGAGGUCGAGCAGCUGAGACGCCCCCUGGGCACCCCUGAGAGCCCAGCCCGCGUCUGCAAGGAGCUGCAGCUGUGUCACCCCCACUUCCCUGACGGCGAGUACUGGAUCGACCCCAACCAGGGCUGCGCUCGAGACGCCUUCAAGGUUUUCUGCAACUUCACAGCGGGUGGUGAGACCUGCCUGUUCCCAGACAAGAGAUUCCAGAGU